AUGGCUGCUACUUGGGAUCAAAAACCUGUUCCAGAAUACUCUGCUCAACCACCAGCGCAACUUCCAACACCAAGUCCUCACCAGAGUCCGAUGCAAUAUCAACAGACCGGUCAACCCCAACAACAAUACUUCCAACAACCAAUCCACGACCCCAACAAUCCUCAAAUGGCCCAAGCCCAACAGCCUCAAGUCGUAUACAUGCAACAACAACCAACCGGCAUGACCUCCCCCGGCCAUCCACAAGUCCAGCAACAGCAAGUCCCUAUGCAGCAAAUCCAUCCUCAGCAAGGGGGACAGCCCGGUCAACCAGGCGCCCCAGCAGGAGGCCGCACAUAUCAGAACGUCACCCCGCUCGCGAGUCUGGGACGUAGCGCUGCGCCGGUGGAUUGUCCCGCGUGUGGGCAGAGGAGCAUGACGAAGAUUAGCUUUUUGGCGGGGAAUUAUACACACGGAUGGGCAGUCGGUUUAUGUUGUCUCACCUGGUUCUUCUGCUGGGUUCCAUACGUGGUUGAUGGAUUCAAGAAUGUCGAUCAUAAUUGUGGACAAUGCGGUGUUUUGCUUGCGACUUGGCAUCGUAGUGGUGGUGUUGAUGUGCAUCAACACCAGUAG